UGUUGGAUGGCAUGAUUUGUUUCCUUCAGGCUUCUCCAGUUAAUUGCUCUGUUAUUUAAACAGUGAAAACAGAGAUCUGUUGUUGAUCCCCUUGGGUGUGGAAGGUAUAAGUGCCCUGUGCUUGUUGCCCUGGAAUUACUGGCUUACCCAAGGGAGGAGCUGUACAAACAACAAUCUUGUUAGUCAUGCCCGAUUGCUUUAUCAAGGACAAACUGCCAUGUUCACAGCCCUGCUGCCCUGCAUUCAAAAACCCCUAACACCACCCAACCAGCACCUGAAAUAACCAUAUUUCCUUUCCCUGACUGAGGGUAGAUACCCCAUGUGUAGUGAAACACUCACUGAUAGUGGCAUUUCAUAGCAAGCAAGGUGACUUGGUUCCACAUAUCUUCUCCACAAACUUUGUGAUUGUUUCAUGCCCCCGAUUCUUGCAUCCCAAGUGCGUUACGUGUGAGAAACUGAAGAGUGGGGUAGCCUGUAGUGUGCAAUAUACCUGGGAUGAAAGGAUUAAAUAAAUUUUUCUUUUUUUUCAAGCGUAUGCUUUAGUUUUCUUUCUAAAAUCAAGGCUAAUAGAAGCUUUAUUUUAGUUGUUAACUCUCUUCUAAAAGUUAAUUUGAAGUAAUUUUUGGGUUCUUAGUAUCCUGAGUUGCUGGAGGCUUAUUUGGAUUGGUUGGUCUAGUUUUACUGUGCAUUAAUUAGUGUUGGCAGAUGCUUCCUUAGAGGGUCCACAUCCGAGGGAAUCUGAAAAUAGGAUUUGUUGUAGUUGGAGAAAGUGUCUUCUGUCCAUUGCAGCCUUCUUUUCAUUGAAGUUCUCAGCAGACUGACUUAUUUACAGCUUUAUAAACCACGCAAUCAGCAUUGUGUUAUGCUGAUCGAAUCUAAAUCAUUGAAACUGCUAAUCCAUGAUAUAAGCAAUAUUAAUAAAUAGUACCUGUAGAUUAGGGAAAAAAUGUCCAUGGUAAUGUACCUUUUCAGUAACAGAGAUGAAACCGAGUGUUGAACACUUCUUUACCCUUCCUCCCCAAGCAAGGGACUGCUAUGGCAAUUUCAUGCUUUUCUAGGUUUGGGUUUUGAAAAUAGGCAUGUGUGCAGUGUCAUCUUCCUCUGAUUUAAAUGUCACAAAAAAGGUUUCAUUUCACUUGUUACAUCAUGUAACUAAUGAUGGCAUAUACACGCUCCAUACUAUCUGCAGUUUAUUUGAUCGGCUCCAUUGGCCUCAUCAUUUUUUCUUGCCAUAGUUAAAAGCUGAUGCCAUUGCUCCAAACUGUAGGUAGGCUCAGCAUAGUUUUUGUACCAGCUUCAGCUGUUUUUCUCCAUCCACCUCCAUAUGAAGCAUGGAAACACACUUCCACUGAAGAAAGUUUUACAACAGAUACCUAAAUUAGGACUGUUAAUGUCCAUGAAUUAUUUUUUAAAUAAAUCUGCACAACUUCUGUAUAUGUGGAAACUUGACUGUGUCCAUUUAGUAAAUCUCAUUAACAAAAUUAUUAAUAAACAGUAUUUUCUGGUUGUAAGAUUCAAUUAUCUUUUCACAAGAAAAGGAAUGAGUCAAGAUGACAUAAAUACUUGUCACCAAUUCCUUCAUAGUACAUUUUAGUAAAUGGCAAAACUUCUUUUAAAAGAAGUUGCUUAUUUAAAAUUGAAAACCAGCAAAACCCUCUAAAUACCAAGAUCAACAUGAAUAGUUUUGUACUGUUAAUAUCUCAUUUUGUCUCACUGCAAUGUCAUCCAGUGAAUGCCAACAUGCUGUCUGAAUUUCAUUCCAGUAAUGGGAAAAAGUACACACAGUUCUGCAGCUUCAGAGAAACCUUCAAUUUAAGUUCUGUGGUUUCAAACUGAACUGGACAGUCAACUAUUAAAGUGUGGGGGCAAGUUUAUUGUGCAGUUUUGUUGGAAAUUCCUACAAAAAUAGUAACAGUAUUGAAUCCAAUUGUCUCCUGCUAGAACUGGAUAAAAGCCAUUUUUGAGUAUUCAUUUAAAUUUACUACAUGCUAUCUUGGAAAAGCUGAAGUCAAAUUGGCUUCAAACCUUUUUUAUCUCACAGCAUAAGCAGUUUAAAAUCUGUACGUCAUUUCAUGUAGUCAGAGGUGCUGUGAUUAGAUCUGCUAAGAACUUUUGACUCAGGGCUGCCUCACAGUAAUUCAUUGUCUCUGCCUGCCUGGUCUGACUCCAUGUGCCAGAAUCCUUUUUCUUUGCAAUGGUUUGUCUUUUUUAUUGUGCAAGUCAGAAGAUGUGGCAAGGCAGUGCUGCUUCCUUUAGAAGUGCUGAAUGUUGCCUGAUGAAUUUUUCACUCUUCACAUCUUGGGUGGAUUCAGUGCACUACUGAAAAUGGAGCAGUUCCACUGAGAUCAUGUUUUGCACUUUGAACACUCAUAAAGUUGAUAUGGACAAGCUCUUAGGUGCACAGAUUGGCCUUGAAGAUUUCAUAUUUGCCCAUGUGAAAGGACAGCGAAAAGAAGUGGAAAUUCUUAAAACUGAUGAAAUGCUGGGACUUACCAUUACAGACAAUGGAACUGGCUGUGCCUUUAUAAAGCGAAUUAAAGAAGGCAGUAUUAUGGACCAAACCAAAACCGUCUGCGUGGGUGAUCACAUAGAGACCAUAAACGGAAAAAACGUGUCACAGUGUCGGCAUUACGAAGUUGCCAAAAUGCUAAAAGAUCUGGAGAAAGGUCAGAAGUUUAAGCUGGAGUUGGUAGAGCCUUUGAAAGCAUUUGAAAAGCUGGAACCAAGGUCCAAAGGCAGAACUCUGUCAGAGGCUAAAAUCUCCAAAGGGAGAGAAACACUUCGCCUGAGAGCCAAAGGCCCUGCUACUGUGGAGGAAAUGCCAACUGAAGUUGAAGAAAAAGCAAUUAAAAAAGUGGAUGAGCUUCUUGAAACGUACAUGGGCAUAAGAGAUAUUGAAUUAGCUGCAACAAUUGUGGAAGCUGGAAGAGACAAGAAAAACCCAGAUGAAUUUGCAGUGGCCUUGGAUGAAACUCUUGGAGACUUUGCAUUUCCAGAUGAGUUUGUAUUUGAUGUGUGGGGAGCAAUAGGUGAUGCUAAGCAAGGACGACUGGAAUGAGAACUGUGGAAUUUAUCAAUCCCUGUUUGAAAAUACAACAUGAUUUGCAAAUACAUCAGAACGUUAAUAACUUUAUUGAUGUGAAUUCAGAGUGCUCUGCAGAAGUAUUCUGACCUGAGAUUUUUCUUUGCAAAGGAAGGUUUCUAAUAGAAAUGAAGGUAAACCCAAACUUGUGACAACUGCAAUUUAAAACAUCUCAUUUACAUAUAGAAAUCACUGUGAGGAGAGUGUCCAGGUGAUAUAUUUAUACAGAAAUUUUAUGAAAAUACACUUGUACAUACACUUUGAUAGCAAUAUUCUGAAAAGUGUUAGACAUAUGCAACUAGGAGUUUGGAUUAUUUUAUCUCUUUAGAGAGGUUUAUAAUGCUGUUGAGAAACUACCUAGCUUCAUGCUGCAGUUCCCUGGUUUUCUGCUGUUCCUGUGCGUUACCCUAAAGCCUUAGGUUUUCCUACAGUUUGGCCUGGACAUUGUUUUUACUGUAGGCAAAGCUGGGAAGAAGCUACCCUGUUUCUUUAAAACCCAAAAUCAGGGGAAAAAAUAUUCCUCUGAAACAUGAAAACUAAGAUCUUUGGAUAAGAAAGACUUGCUUGCAUUUGAGUCAUAAUAUGCUCUGUCUGGGUUAUUACUGAGGUAAAUAGAGUGGAAAUGCUUAAACCAGGAAGCUGCUGCUUUAUUCAGAUGCCAUAAUAUUGCAAUAGGAACUGCAUAGAAAGAAAUACAUGUUAAUUUUGAUUAAUAUUAAUGCAUUUGAAUGAUAUCUGGAGACUGCACUGGAGACUACAGUGUAUGUCUAAGUGCUUAAUAGAUCUUUGCAUAUGCUAAAUGAUUUCUUGAGAUCCCAUGGAGUUCCCAUCUUGUCUGUGUGUUUUUUCAACAUGGCAACACAGGAGAGAUAUUGAAGGUGUUCAGACCCAAAAAAUAUUAUUGUAAAGUCACAAAGAACUGUAGUUUGGAUGACAAUGCAUGCCUAGACCCUGAAAAAUAUGUUAAACUAAUCUUAGAUGUUAGGUUUUCCAAUUAUAUUGUACAUAAAUGUUUAUUUUGACUACUAAUUUUUUACUUACAAAUCUGAGAUUAUUGCAAAUGAAAUUGAAUGAGACUGUGGGUUCUGACCUGGGAAGGUGUCAUAUCUUUUCAGUAUUUUUAUAUUUGCAUAAGAAUAUAAAGUAAUAAUUACUACAAAAGUUUUUUUUCUAAAUCACUACCUGAUUAAAAUGUCUUUCACUGAAUUGCAGAGAUCUCUUUAAAAUAAAGAUUAUGCCAAUAACUUUACAUGUUCUAUGUCAGUGGGUUUUUUUGUCUAAAACCAUGACACUUUGAAGUAUCAUUGAGAGAACAGGUUCUUGUUCUCAUUAUUAGGUCUUUGAGGAAGGAUUCUAAACUCCAGGAAAUUUCUAUAAAACUUGAAAAUAAAAUUGAAGAAACCCCAAGGAGAUGGUAAAAUUUUGUAAAUCCCAUUGCUCAUUUGGGCCCUCAUGGAUGUAUUGCUUUGCAAAAGAAGUUUGAGCAUUUCUUCAUUUUCAGUAAUUGUGAGUCUGAGCCCACAAUUUUCUGUUGCAAUUGAGCACACUCUGUCUUGUGCAGGGCUGCUUUAGCUGAUUUACUCAUGGUAAUGAGGGGUUAAAGUGUUGUGGGCCAUAUAAUUUGUUCUUUAAACUUCUAGGUGAAAAGCAAAAAGGAAAUGCCAAGAAUUCCUUUUUGGUUUCAAAUCAUAAAACUCAAAUGUCAAAUUUUGUGGAAGUGUUUAUGUACACUACUGUUAGUUACCAACAUGCCACUGGUUAUAAAAUAUAUUAAAAUUAGGAAUUCCUUUAAGAGAAGAGAAAAAGUACUAUGGAUAAUGCACAAAAUGCUGCCUGUAGAAGAUAACCCCUUAUGUUUUGACCAUUCAUUUUAUUUUGAGAAAUUAAUGUUGUUCAAUCAAUUUAUACUCAUGGGAUAAUUUGUCUCAUUACACUGAUAAAAUAGUAAGAUAAAAAUAAUCUCUGAAACUAUAAUUCUACAGAGAGCUGCCUCUUGUCACAGUGGCCUAUUUUUGUGGAGUUUAUUUCAGGCCUAAGAUUUAAAUAGUGAUUGCAAUUUUACUAGCAUUUACUGCAGUAAAGCAUGUCAAUAUAUCCUACUUUUUCUGUGUUCUUAAAGCAUAUUUCCAGCACAUAAGACAGGUACCACUGCCUAAUUUGGUAGAUUAUUUGCAUUUUCCAGCCAUAUAUGAAUAAAUUGUCCCAUGAAAAUCACACUGCCUUAUAAAGCAUGAUAAAUACUUCUCUCUCUUUCUAAUGAUUUGUGUAGCAAAUUAAUGUUGUUUUACUAACAAAAUACAGCCUUUAAAACCUAGUCAAUAAUGACAGUAAUGCUUUGUACAGUGAAAAUGUCAUUAAAUGUCACUACAAAAGUCUCCCAGGUUAGUUAGACAAACUAAUCCUACGACAUCAGCUCUAUUUAAGUGCUGAUCAGAGUGGGACUAUGAACAUCUUGUAGUGUGUGCUAUACAUGGAGGUGAAUGUUGGUGAAUAGUCCACUCCAAAUCUGAGGUGGAAUGGCCCAGAACAGCAACUCAGCCCAAAUGCUGUUCUAAAGUGGCUGAUUCCUUGCUUUUACAAUUUGGUGCAGAGCCAGCAGAGAGCUGGCAGACAGCUGCAAUUUGUGCCUUUGCUUCCAGACUUACUGUUCAAGACAAUGGAAAACACAGCUCUAUUUUUUUCUAUUUUUGCAGAGUCUUUAGGUAGUCUUUAGAUGCAACAAGGGGAUUUAAUGAAAUCUGGUGUUCAUAAAGUUCUGAGCUCAUAAUUUAAAAAAUAUGAUGAGCGAUGAAUAUUUUACACUUUUAAAGGAACAAAUUUUGCAAAUUACAGAUACAUCCUUUGUGACACCUUUAAUAUGCCAAAUUAUGCUUCAGUUAAACCUGAUUUUAUGCAACCCUAUUCAUACAGCUAUUAUUCAAAGAGCUAUUAAUAUAAUCAGUCUAUUUAGGAAAAUCUUGUCUGCUAUUCAGAUUUGAAUAAAGCAUAUACUCUUAUUUCUUUAUAUUAUUUUCAUCACAAUUUGUCUAAUUUCUCUUUUUUUUUGAGAUAAAUGUAAUAGAAAGCUUUGAAAACCUUGAUUUUUGUGAAUUUGAAAGUGCAAUAUUAAUGUUAAAAUGAAACUAAUUUGUAAUAUUUUGUUAGAUUUUUUCUUCCUGCAUUUUAAUGAGAACUUCUGGUACUUUUCAAAUUAAAUACUGUUUUUGACGAAAAGAGUUCUGAGAAUGUCUCUUCCAAAGUCUGAGUAUUGUAAUAAGAUGAUAUAUUACACUUUUUAGUUUUCCUCUUUUUUUUUUUGCCAGGAGGUAUUUCAGAACAAUUAGAAAUCAAGGUCUUGACUCUUUCCCUUUUUGAAAGAAAGGCAUCUUUGCCAUGAAUUUCAGAACUCAACUCUAGCAAUAAGAGCUUCAUCUGAAAUUGAUCUUCAGUAUUGUUUUCCUGUCCAAUUCUCUGACUCAAUAUGUUUGUAAGACAUUUUGCAUUUAGAUGUUGUUAUGCACUAAAAUAUCUCUGACUUGGUUUAUGAAAAUAUGAACAAAUGUACAGACUUGGAUGUCAAAGAGAAAAUCCUCAACGUUUCAUUAGGAUACUUGUAAAUAGUAACAACUUUGAAUAAAAAGAUAACAACUUUGAAUAAAAAGAAUGCAGCCUGCAGUACAGACUUUGUCCUCAGAAAAGGUAUGUUUAAUGUGUGAGAUUGA